AUGUCUUUUCCGAAUGACCGUCGACGCGGCGGAGCCGGCGCUGGGUUCAGCUCAUCCGGCACACGAACCGCCCUGGGAUAUUGGCUCCCCCUGGCCUUAACAGCUGGAGUCGCAACAGUCAGCAUUGCAGCCUGGAUCUGGAGUGAACGAAAUGACGAAGAUGACGAGGACGACCGCCCCCACAACGGAGGGCGCCCGUACCAACCCUCAACUCCAGGAAGUGACUACCCUCCACCCUCGUAUGCCACCGGAGACUAUGCCCGGAGCGCAGGUGCUGAACCGCUGCCUGGAGAUGCUCCAUAUGACCACGGCGUGAUGUCCCGCAUGCAAGGUGCCCUGCGCCGUACGCCUAGCCCUCAGCAGAUCUUUGAUGGCGCUAGUAAGAGGGUUGUAGCGGGUGUCACUGCUGCCGGAGCCUUUGUUGGUGGUGCUCUUACUUCUAUCCGUGAAGACAACAAAGGCGAGGGUGACUUCGAGGAUCACUCUAGGUGGUCCGAGGAGGCCCGCGCUAGGGCCCACGAGAGAAGUCAACAACAAGGCGCAGUUGCGCCGACUAUGAGCGGUGGAUUGCCUGGCCGUGGCGUGAAUAUCUCCGAGAAGAAGAAGAAAAACGUUGUUAUCGUUGUUUCGUCUGAUUCUUCUGCCGACUCGGAUGAGUUUGCUUCUGAGCAUGCAUCCAUCUUAUCUCAUCUCCCUGAACAUGUCGAUUUAGAAACAUCCAAGAUUUUUGUCUUGAUCUAUGCUCCGGACCUGAAACACGCUAUCGUUAAGGGUGGCUCCUCACGCCCCACGGUCUCUAUGACUUCGUCUUACUCGAACAUUGCCACUGAGGAAGCAGCAUCUGCCGAGGACCUGACCACUGGGGGGCUGACUUCCGUCGAGCCCCGCCAAGAUGACGAAUUCCAGGGCACAUCUCGCUUCUUCAGGACGUUGUACACCCAGGCUCAAGCUUUGGUCGAGAAGGAUACCAUGAUUAUGCCAUUCAGCACUGCCGGUGGCUUUGUCCACCUUGUCCGACACCUUUCUCCAGAGCUUGUGUAUGUCCAAGAAUCCUUGACCGGUGACCAGGGCGAAGCUGUGCAGCACAUCGCUGGCUGGGUUCGUCAAGUCAUUGUCGUUGUUGGAGACGAAGGUGGCCGUGGCGGACUCAUUGAUAGUGACGAUGAGUCGGCCCUCGGCGAGAAGGGCGAGAAGUGGUGGCAAAAAGAAGGCACCAUAGGAAUCGGAAAGCGCAUUGACGUGGUUGACGUUGUCCGGGUCGGAGAUGACUGGCGACGACGGGUGCGCGGUCUGGACUAG